AUGGACCACGUAAUACUCCAAUACAAUCAGGAACCCCAGAGGCAACGGGUUUUCGACGAUAGUGAGAGCGAAAGUAACCCAGAUGUGGGGGACAUCAACCGAGCUGAUGAGAAUCAAGAGGCCGGGGGAGCAGAGGCUGAGAGAGCAGAGGCUGAGAGAGCAGAGGCUGAGAGAGCAGAGGCUGAGAGAGCAGAGGCUGAGAGAGCAGAGGCUGAGAGAGCAGAGGCUGAGAAAACAGAGGCUGAGAAAACAGAGGCUGAGAAAACAGAGCGCGAGAAAGCAGAGCGUGAAGGACCCCAAAUAGUGAAAGAGGAAAAGACAAAUACUGGGGCAAUGCUCGACUGUCGAACAUUGGUAUUUCUUGUCGUCACUGAUGACCAGAAGAGUGAAGAGGCAUUCUUGAUGCAAAUUGCGAACAAGGAUAUCAGCGAAAAGUCAUUGGAAACUCUUCAUGGCCUUAUAAAGAACAGCAGCCACAAAGAAUAUUGCAAGCUACCAUUCUGCACUGCGCAGGGAGGGUCUAUUACAGACCUUGAUCAGUGGAAGAUUGAGGCCUACCUUAAUUAUGUGAAUAAGCUUCAGGUUGACGAUAUCCCGAAGCUUGAUAUCAGUCUACCGGCUCCUCGAGAAUACCUUCCAGCUCAAAAGGCCCCUACUAUCUCGUCAUCUAUAAACAAGGCAGAUUGGAGAGCUGUAAACACCGUUGAGACGAAGCCACAAGAGCUGGACCAAGCCAGCUGGAAAACGGUUACAAUUAACAACUCACUUUGCUACGGCCUUUGCGUCGUUCGCCAGGAUAAUGGUCAUGGAAAGAGCACGCCGGUAGGGUUGAUUCGAGCACCGUACCCAGCGUUCAGAGUAAAGGAACGAAGAGUCUAUGAUGAAGAAGACGAAAACGAGCCCAGCGUUCGCAUACCGGACUACUUCGUUGAUGACCAAUCAUAUGUUUCAAUAUAUGAGACAAAGACGCAAUUUCAAUCGUCCCUAUCGAAGUCAGCUAUUGAUGAAGUUGAUAUCUCCAUGUCGGGUGGAUUGCCAGCUUUCGGUGGUGUUUUAGGGUUUAGCGGCGGAUUAAAAACAUCAAAUACCGACCAAACGACAACGGACGAGUCUGGCGAGUCUAGCCAAAUGAACAUCUCCUAUAAUUUCCCUCGUGUAACGGUUCGAUUAGACGAAUACAGCCUUGAAAUCACAAAAAGAUGCGAAGAAGAGCUAGCCAAGGCUGCUCAGGCUAACACAGCGGAUCAUUUUAUAAAGUUGUUCGGCGAAUACUUCAGUACCCAAGUUCAACUAGGUGGACGACUGUUCGCUUCCGAAGAAUUUGAUUCUCACACUGCAUCCAGCGCCAAGGAUACCAAAUUCUCUAUGAAAGUGCAAGCUGCAGCCUCGUUCAAAACCCCAAUGGGAGCCGGGGGCUCGACAAGCGCUGGUUACGGACGAACCCGUAACGAGGCUGAGAAUGACUCCAAUAGCAACCUAACUAGCACCCUGCAGUGGCAGGCAAAUGGGGGAAACACCCUGUUGUGCAACAGCCCCCCAGACUGGUGCCACACCGUGGCUGCAUACCAGAAUUGGAGAAUAAUUAAGAGAUCCGGCAAUCGCCACAUCUUAAAUUUACUUGCCCAGUUCGAAGAGCCAACAGGGAUCCACGAAAAUAUCAAGAACCUUAUGAAGGACAAGACUGUACAAGAUCCGAAAAUUCCACUCCAAACCCAGCCGAUAUUGCAGUCUCGACAAGGCCGAAUGUUCUACCUCCGUACAACUAGCAAAGGUGAUUACGGUUGGUAUAAGUACCUCACAGCCUUCCAGAAAGCGGAUUGGUCACAGGACGAUAUUCAGAAAUUGAAGAAAACGUCGGGUACCAUCCCGGCCAAGGGUGCUACCGCCGGGCUGCACGAAGGUGUGGACGAGUGCAGCAAGUAUGGCAUUUAUCUGGAAUGCAAAACUCCUGAAGGGCAUGGCGUCACGAAGAUUAUGUACGGUCAACCAUACACCUUAAGGAACCCUUCGACCGGGCUCUGCCUGUACCUUCAAGGUGAUAAGGAGGUGAAAGCCGAUAGAUUCCCUGUUGCGAUGCUUACGCCCGAAGGAACCCUGCCUGGCUAUUGGUUCAUUAGAGGCGUCGAUGGUACCGACUACGGGGAAGUGAAACAGGACACCCCUGUGACCAUUCGAUAUGGAGAUGACACAAAUCGUUCCAUGCUCACCGUCUUCCAUGAGACCAAGUACAACGGGCUUCUCAAGGUAAUCCAGAACGUGGCUGAGGAUGAUGAGGCAACGUUCACCAUGAUGUAUAAGGACGUAUAUGAGGGCAAAGCCAAGGCAUAA